UACACGCGAAUCCUCCUACGACUGUUUGGAGAUUGCAAACAUGGCGGCGCAACAUAUACACUGCAAAUUUUUUUUUAAGUCGGUAUUUAUAUUUAAUCCUCGGGUAGAAUCUUAACUAACAAUGACAGCAGAACUGCAAGGAUUUGCGGCCUUGAAGCCCGCCAUUAUUUCAAAGGUCAAUGUUGACGUAACUAAGAUCCAUCCUUUUGGGGUGGCUUCCAAUGGGUCCAAGCUUACACAUUUCGAAUGCCCUAGUGGGACCAUUGAGUCUGUACCAGGGUUUGAGCCGGCCUUCAAAGCUAAUAUCACUUUCGGGGGAGACUGGUUCUCCCUUGACGCAGAUGGGCAGCAUGGCCGCGUUGACUUCAAAGGAAUCGCCAGGACAGAAGAGGGCCAUGAGAUUGAUGUCCGCGUCUAUGGCAUUGUGAAAAUGGGGCCCGAGGCGUCCAAGGUUUUCAAUCUGCAGCCAGACAUGGCCACAGUACCUUUUGGGUGGAUAACUGCGAAAGCUGAAUAUAUCGUUUCCGACCCCAAGCUGAAGUUCCUAGAAAGUAGCAUUCUUGUAGGCAAUGUUAGGGCUGUUAUUGAUGCCAAUGGGGUUACCAUCGAGAAUAGACAGUCGAUAGUUCUCGCAACGACCGCUGAAUAAAAAGGUGGAUGAGCCAAGGGUGAGCACUAGCUCCAUAGAAAUCUUGAACACUCCUUAAGAAUAGUCAACCUGAUCCUUCUCGAAAGAGACGGCUUUACUCACUUAAA